AUGUCUCAAUAUUCAUCAACUAAGAGCCCUCCUAUCAAAGAAGACACAGAGUCUUCAAGCCGGGAAUUUGGCUAUGUAUAUGAGAUGGCAAUCCCAAAACAUUUGGCGGAAUGGGAGAAUAGGAAGGGAUACAUGUGCAAAAGAGUUUCCGAGGAGCUCAUAUGCGCUACCGCCAAGGAUUGCAACCUACCACGAUGGGCAGUGACUGUCGAGACCGUCAAAUAUCGAGGUUUCCUUAACGAAUCAGACAAUCUUACGGAAGCGGAAAUCAGGGACGAAAUCAAGACCUGGACUCGAAUCAAUAUAUUACGAGCAAAUGCGGAACGCAAAGAGAGACAAAAGACAUCUUCGGCAACGUCUUGA